GCAGUGGCCCCUUGGGAUUUCAGGCAGGGGUCUUUUUAGGCCUCCCUGGAAUCGGACCUGGGUUCGUAGGAAUGUAGGCAGCUGUCUGGGUAAUGCUGUGUGGUAGGAGCCACUCUCCUGGGUUUCAGGAGGAAUAUUUCCGAACCUUCCUGGAGGUGCUGGAAAAUCAAUCCCCAGAACCUUUUAUAUACGGUGUAGGUGCUUUAUGGUGGGAGGGGAAGGGAAGGGAGAGGACUUCAUUCAUAUGGAAAAAAUGGCAGCUGUUACAAGAAUCCCUAACAGAUAGCAGGCAUGGAAGAGCCUUGCAGCACCUGAAAGACUGCUGGCUUUAUUAUGGCGCAUACUUGCAGAUUUGGGUUCUACAGCAUGAAAGAUUAGGCAGUCAUAAAUUUGUGAGUUGUAAAAGGCCAUGAGAGGCCAUUAUAUCUGGGGAGGGACUGUAGCUUGAUGGUGGGAAUAAACUAGUCUAAGUAUCAGGACGUAGCUCAUGGGAAAAGUUUCUCUCUGCUUGGGACCCUGAAGAACACAACCUGUUGAUUUUUGCCAGACUAAAUUGGAUGCCAACCAUUACUCCAGGGGGGUGUGAAUCUGAAUUUUAAGAUGGCAAUGUGUCUGAAAGAUGACGACAGUGGAGAUCAUGACCAGAAUGAAGAGAACAGCACACAGAAAGAUGGUGAGAAGGAAAAAAACGAUAGAGACAAACCCCAAAUUAGCACCAAAAGGAAGUCUUCUGUUUAGAGAAGUGCGUAAAGAUAAACGAAUGCUUCAAUUCCACACGCAGGCUGCGGUUCCAGGGCCGGCUGAGCACCCCCUGCAGUAUAAUUACACCUUCUGGUACUCCAGACGGACACCCGGGAGGCCCACCAGCUCCCAGAGCUAUGAGCAGAACAUCAAGCAAAUUGGCACCUUCGCCUCUGUGGAGCAGUUCUGGAGGUUUUACAGUCACAUGGUCCGUCCUGGUGACCUGACCGGCCACAGCGACUUCCAUCUUUUCAAAGAAGGAAUUAAGCCCAUGUGGGAGGACGAUGCCAACAAGAACGGUGGCAAAUGGAUUAUCCGCCUCCGAAAGGGCUUGGCCUCUCGGUGCUGGGAGAACCUUAUUCUCGCAAUGCUGGGAGAACAGUUCAUGGUGGGAGAAGAAAUCUGUGGGGCCGUCGUCUCCGUUCGCUUCCAGGAGGACAUCAUCUCCAUAUGGAACAAGACCGCGAGUGACCAGGCGACCACCGCCCGGAUACGGGACACGUUACGACGAGUGCUCAACCUGCCCCCCAACACCAUUAUGGAGUAUAAAACUCACACCGACAGCAUCAAGGCCUGGGAGGAGUUUCAUGGCCUGGUGAACAGCGGCGGUCGCUGAGUGAAAGCGGUCGGUCCCUCCCUCUCUCAUGCACCCAGGAGAUAACUCAAGUUUCCGAAAUACCAAGAUCACCCUGUGAGGAGGGGACGGGAGCGCUCCUCCUUCUCAGUCUGGUCCAGAAAGGGGGGAAGGGCCUCCCUGGGUGCCCUGCACUCCCUGGUUGCUGAAAGGUACGCAGGAUUGCGGGGCCCUGCACCCCUCGCGGAAGACUUUUACACCUGCACUGAGGACUGGCCUUCUGUUACCCAAACAUUCCGACUGGCCGAGCAGGUGGCUGUUCUUGGCGUUCCUCCGCGGAGCUCGACUGCCUCCCACUUCGCUUCUGCCCAGCACCGAGAGGCCUCUGCCGGGAGCCUCUCUCCGCCCAGGGCCUUCCAGUAUUACAAACGUCUCUGCUCCAGAGGCAGCCUGAAGAUUGGCAGGGCCCCUUCCACCUCUGCCAAUAAAUGAUUCGGCCAGU